AUGGCUUUACCGCCUUCGAAUACAUCUCUAACAUACGCCUCGCCAUCCGCUACGCCAUAUCUCUCACACACACCUCUUAAGCCUCCUGCGUCGAACCAACUCAUCAUCAAGGUUCUGGCUACCGCAGUAAACCCCUGCGAUAUCCAGCUAUGGCACAGCCCGCUCGUCGGCUGGGGACGAUUCGGACGCGAAGGAACCAUGGGAUGGGAUUACUCGGGGACCAUCGCAGCGGUAGGAGACCAACUGAAGAGGAAAUGGGAAGUCGGCGAUGAGAUUUUUGGAAUGUGUGAAGGGCCAGCUGCCCGAGUGGCAAAGAAGGUAUAUAACUGCCACGUCCUAGCCAUAUGUUCAGGCCGCAACGCCGACUUCGUCAGAGAACUAGGUGCAGACGAUAUCAUCGACUAUACUACGUCAAACGUACCUCAAGCACUCCCGAAUCAUAUGCCGGGUGGCCUGAAGUUCGAUUUGUACAUUGACUGCGUCGGUGGCACGGAGAUGUUCGGAAAUUGGAAAGAAAUACUCCACAAAGAAGGCGCAUACAUCACCAUCGUCGGCGACAAAACAAGCCGCACCGUGCCUGGUCCACCACUAACCUACUUCACGUACCCCGCGCAGAUCUUCCGGCAUAUGUGGGGAUGGAUGUCUGGGCCGCGUUAUGCGGCUAUCAUCUUGUACAACGAGUCUAAGUACCUGGAGAAGGUGGCUAAAUUGGCUGAGAAAGGAGAAGCCAGAGUUGUGGUGCAGGAAGUCAUCGAAGGAAUCCUCGAAGAGGGUAAAGAGAAGGCAGCUUGGGAACGAGCGAGUGCAUUGCUAGAGGAGGGUCGGAUCCGAGGGAAGGUCGUGUUGAAGAUACAGGAUUGA